CCGACUUUUAUUUUGAAAGUCUCGAGAAAAAAAACAAAACAAAACGCUGCGGCGCAAAGUUAAUUUAAUUGGCUAGGCCUUCCAGGUGAAGCCCCGCCUUCCUGCCGGCUUCUAAGACAAUGACAGCCGGUAAACUAUUUUAUUUCAGGAAGGUGUACUACCAUUCAUAACUGCUUCAUACAACCAGGAUGGCAAACCAAGUCACUAAGGAAAUCUCUUAUGAGGAUCUGAAAGCACUUCUUGGAAAGAGUCCAAAUCUGCUUUUGAUUGAUGUCCGCAACAAAGACGAAGUGGAUAAAGGACGCAUUCCAGGAUCUGUUAACAUCCCACUCGAUACAGUAGAGGCUGCUUUUGCAAUGGAGCCAGAAGCAUUCAAGGCCAAGUACGGAGUAACCAAGCCACCGCUGGAUGCGCCAGAGCUUGUGUUUCACUGCCAAUCGGGCAGGAGAGCAGUGAUGGCCAUAGAGAAGGCCUACCAACUUGGAUACGUGAAUGCACGUAAUUAUAAGGGAUCAUACAAGGAGUGGUGUGAGAAAGAGGGAAAGUGACUCCUGUUGAACGGAAAGCCUCAUACGUGUUUACACUAAUAACAAUUGUGAAAUCUAGACAGACAAAAUAGAGAAACAUUUUGUUUAUAUUUUGUUACUGUUUUGCACUGCAUUGUUAUUGAAAAUAUAUGAAUAAAAACAACAUCAAUAAAUUAUGUUAUUUAUGAAGAUUG